GGGAGGUGGUCCUGGGGGCCAGCAGGCCCCUGAGAGCGUGCGGAGGCAGCCUCUUAGGCCCCUAAGCUGGGGGUCGGAGAGCUGAGCGAAGACCUUCACAGACGGCUUGGAUUGGCGGGUGCGGAGAAAGGCCUGCUGCACGCCCAGCGUGGGGAGACACGCACCCACGUCGGCGCGCUGGCCGGUCCAAGCCCCUCCCCUGUGGCCUGAUGCACGCCACCAGCCUCCUGCUGAAAGGUGACACCCCACAGGCCAGGUUCCCUUAGUCACCCUGUGGGAGCCUGUCGGACUCGCACCAGAAUGGAGCUGGUGGCCGUGUCCCUUGUGACGAUUUUCUGAAUGGUCUUGCUUCUUUUUCUGUCUUGUCUGGUUUUCUCCUGCCUGACCUUUUCCUGGUUAAAAAUCCGGCGGAAAAUCACGGACUCCGAGCCAGUCGCUAUGAGUCAAUCAGAAGCGAGUGCCAUCCGGAGCCAGGAGCCCUUUCCAGACUCGGACAGCUCAGGGAAGCCACCGCAGGAAAACGGUGGCGACGGCAUCUCUCCACCAAAGACUCCCCAGGAAGCAGAUCCAGCCUCCCACACACGUCCCAAAGACUCCGGUCGGCGGAGAAGCUCCCUGCCACCCUUGCACCAGAAGCCCCCAAGAGACCCCCUUUCUUCCACCCAUGUGUCGCCCUCCCCAGAACUCCAAGCCAAUGGGACGGGGAGUGAAGACCCCGAGGCCCCGGAUACCAAUGGCCUGUCCUCCCCGGCCCAGCCCCGGGGCCAGCAAGCUAGGUCCCCCUCCAAGGAGGACAAGAAACAGGCAAACAUCAAGAAACAGCUGAUGACCAACUUCAUCCUGGGCUCCUUUGACGAAUACUCCUCCGACGAGGACCCUGGCGCCAGCUCGUUUCGUGAGUCUUCCCGGAAGGGCAGCCGGGCCAGCCUGGGGACCCUGAGCCUGGAGGCGCUUCUGACCACAGGGGAACCCGAGACCCGCGUCCCCACAAUGAGGCCGAGCAUGUCUGGACUCCACCUGGUGAAGAGGGGCCGGGAACACAAGAAGCUGGAUCUGCACAGAGACUUUACCGUGGCUUCCCCAGCCGAGUUUGUCACACGCUUCGGAGGGGAUCGGGUCAUUGAGAAGGUGCUCGUCGCCAACAACGGCAUCGCCGCCGUGAAGUGCAUGCGCUCCAUCCGCAGGUGGGCCUACGAGAUGUUCCGCAACGAGCGGGCCAUCCGCUUUGUGGUCAUGGUGACCCCCGAGGACCUCAAGGCCAAUGCAGAGUACAUCAAGAUGGCAGAUCAGUACGUCCCUGUUCCGGGAGGGCCCAACAACAACAACUAUGCCAACGUGGAGCUGAUCGUGGACAUCGCCAAGAGAAUCCCGGUGCAGGCGGUGUGGGCUGGCUGGGGCCAUGCUUCCGAAAACCCCAAGCUCCCGGAGCUGCUGUGCAAGCAUGGGAUCGCUUUCCUAGGCCCUCCCAGUGAGGCCAUGUGGGCCUUGGGAGACAAGAUCGCCUCCACCAUCGUGGCCCAGACACUGCGGGUCCCAACUCUGCCCUGGAGUGGAAGCGGUCUGACAUUGGCGUGGACAGACGACGAUUUGCGGCAGGGGAAAAGAAUCAGCGUCCCGGAGGACGUUUACGAACAGGGUUGUGUGAAAGACGUAGACGAGGCCUUGGAGGCGGCGGAAAGAAUUGGUUUUCCCUUGAUGAUCAAAGCGUCCGAAGGCGGCGGAGGGAAAGGGAUCCGGAAGGCUGAGAGCGCGGAGGACUUCCCCAUCCUUUUCAGACAGGUACAGAGUGAGAUCCCGGGCUCGCCGGUCUUUCUCAUGAAGCUGGCCCAGCACGCCCGUCACCUGGAGGUCCAGAUCCUCGCUGACCAGUACGGGAACGCCGUGUCUCUGUUUGGGCGGGACUGCUCUAUCCAGCGACGGCAUCAGAAGAUCAUUGAGGAGGCGCCGGCCACCAUUGCCCCGCUGGCCGUGUUCGAGUUCAUGGAGCAGUGUGCCGUCCGCCUGGCCAAGACCGUGGGCUACGUGAGCGCAGGGACGGUCGAAUACCUCUACAGCCAGGACGGCAGCUUCCACUUCUUGGAGCUGAAUCCCCGCUUGCAGGUAGAACAUCCCUGCACAGAAAUGAUCGCUGACGUCAACCUGCCAGCCGCCCAGCUACAGAUUGCCAUGGGGGUGCCCCUACACCGGCUGAAGGAUAUCCGGCUUCUGUACGGAGAGUCACCAUGGGCGGUGACGCCCAUUUCUUUCGAAACCCCUUCACAUCCCCCCCUCGCCCGAGGCCACGUCAUUGCAGCCAGAAUCACCAGCGAAAACCCAGAUGAGGGGUUUAAGCCGAGCUCUGGGACGGUCCAGGAACUAAAUUUCCGCAGCAACAAGAACGUGUGGGGCUACUUCAGCGUGGCUGCCGCCGGAGGCUUACACGAGUUCGCCGAUUCCCAGUUCGGGCACUGCUUCUCCUGGGGAGAGAACCGCGAAGAGGCCAUUUCGAACAUGGUGGUGGCUUUGAAGGAACUGUCCAUCCGGGGCGACUUUAGGACCACCGUGGAAUAUCUCAUUAACCUCCUGGAGACCGAGAGCUUCCAGAACAACGACAUCGACACCGGAUGGUUGGACCACCUCAUCGCCGAAAAAGUGCAGGCCGAGAAGCCGGAUAUCAUGCUCGGGGUGGUGUGCGGGGCCCUGAACGUGGCCGACGCGAUGUUCAGAACCUGCAUGACGGAUUUCUUGCACUCCCUGGAGAGGGGCCAGGUCCUCCCGGCAGAUUCGCUGCUGAACAUCGUGGACGUGGAGUUAAUUUACGGAGGCAUCAAGUACGUCCUCAAGGUGGCCCGGCAGUCUCUGACCAUGUUUGUGCUCAUCAUGAACGGCUGCCACAUCGAGAUCGACGCCCACAGGCUGAACGAUGGCGGGCUACUGCUGUCCUACAACGGGAACAGCUACACCACCUACAUGAAAGAAGAGGUCGACAGUUACCGAAUUACCAUCGGCAACAAGACGUGUGUGUUUGAGAAGGAGAACGAUCCCACGGUCCUGAGAGCCCCCUCGGCUGGGAAGCUGACGCAGUACACGGUGGAGGAUGGGGGCCACGUGGAGGCCGGGAGCAGCUACGCAGAGAUGGAGGUGAUGAAGAUGAUCAUGACCCUGAGCGUGCAGGAAAGCGGCCGGGUGAAGUACGUUAAGCGUCCGGGGGUUGCGCUGGAAGCGGGCUGCAUGGUGGCCAGGCUGGAGCUCGAUGACCCUUCUAAAGUGCACCCGGCCGAGCCGUUCACAGGAGAGCUUCCUUCCCAGCAGACGCUGCCCAUCCUCGGAGAGAAAUUGCACCAGGUUUUCCACAACGUCCUGGAAAACCUGACCAACGUCAUGAGUGGCUACUGUCUGCCAGAGCCUAUUUUUAGCAUCAAGCUGAAGGAGUGGGUGCAGAAGCUGAUGACAACCCUCCGGCACCCGUCACUGCCCCUGCUGGAGCUGCAGGACAUCAUGACCAGCGUGUCAGGCCGCAUCCCCGCCCCCGUGGAGAAGGCGGUCCACCGCGUGAUGGCCCAGUACGCCAGCAACAUCACCUCGGUGCUGUGCCAGUUCCCCAGCCAGCAGAUAGCCACCAUCCUGGACUGUCACGCGGCCACCCUGCAGCGGAAGGCUGACCGAGAGGUCUUCUUCAUGAACACCCAGAGCAUCGUGCAGUUGGUCCAGAGGUGAAUCGUGGGCCCUUCGUGGGGGGUGCUUGUCACACUGAUAUUACAUCUCCUAAGAAACUGGAUUCCCUGUGUUCAGAAAUAUUUCAGAAGAGCCCACUACGACAAGUGUGUGAUAAACCUCAGGGAGAGGUUCAAGCCAGACAUGUCCCGGGUGCUGGACUGCAUCUUCUCUCACGCACAGGUGGCCAAGAAGAACCAGCUGGUGAUCAUGUUGAUCGAUGAGCUCUGCGGCCCAGACCCUUCCCUGUCGGACGAGCUGACCUCCAUCCUCAACGAGCUCACUCAGCUGAGCAAGAGCGAGCAUUGCAAAGUGGCUCUCCGGGCCAGACAGGUCCUGAUUGCCUCCCACCUCCCCUCCUAUGAGCUGCGCCACAACCAGGUGGAGUCCAUCUUCCUGUCCGCCAUUGACAUGUACGGCCACCAGUUCUGCCCAGAGAACCUCAAGAAAUUAAUACUUUCAGAAACGACCAUCUUUGACGUCCUGCCUUCGUUCUUCUAUCACGCUAACAAAGUCGUGUGCAUGGCGUCCUUGGAGGUCUACGUGCGGAGGGGCUAUAUCGCCUACGAGCUGAACAGCCUGCAGCACCGGCAGCUCCCGGACGGCACCUGCGUGGUGGAAUUCCAGUUCAUGCUGCCCUCUUCCCACCCAAACCGGAUGGCCAUGCCCAUCAGCAUCAGCAACCCCGACCUGCUGAGGCACAGCACAGAGCUCUUCAUGGACAGCGGUUUCUCCCCCCUGUGCCAGCGCAUGGGGGCCAUGGUGGCCUUCAGGAGGUUCGAGGACUUCACCAGGAACUUUGACGAGGUCAUCUCCUGCUUUGCCAACGUGCCCAAAGACACCCCCCUCUUCAGCAAGGCCCGCACCUCCCUGUACUCCGAGGACGACUGCAAGAGCCUCCGGGAAGAGCCCAUCCACAUUCUGAACGUGGCCAUCCGGUGCGCAGACCACCUGGAGGACGAGGCACUGGUGCUGAUCUUUCGGACUUUCGUACAAUCCAAGAAAAAUACCCUUGUGGAUUGUGGACUGCGAAGAAUCACAUUCCUGAUUGCCCAAGAGAAAGAAUUUCCCAAGUUUUUCACAUUCAGAGCAAGAGAUGAGUUUGCAGAAGAUCGCAUUUACCGUCACUUGGAGCCUGCCCUGGCCUUCCAGCUAGAGCUCAGCCGGAUGCGCAACUUCGACGUGACCGCCGUGCCCUGCGCCAACCACAAAAUGCACCUUUACCUGGGUGCUGCCAGGGUAAAGGAAGGGGCGGAAGUGACGGACCACCGGUUCUUCAUCCGAGCCAUCAUCCGGCACUCUGACCUGAUCACAAAGGAGGCCUCCUUCGAGUACCUGCAGAACGAGGGGGAACGGCUGCUCCUGGAGGCCAUGGACGAGCUGGAGGUGGCCUUCAACAACACCAGCGUGCGCACUGACUGCAACCACAUCUUCCUCAACUUCGUGCCCACGGUCAUCAUGGACCCCUCCAAGAUCGAGGAGUCUGUGCGCUCCAUGGUGAUGCGCUACGGCAGCCGGUUGUGGAAGCUCCGAGUGCUGCAGGCCGAGGUCAAGAUCAACAUCCGCCAGACCACCACCGCCAGUGCCGUUCCCAUCCGCCUGUUCAUCACCAACGAGUCGGGCUACUACCUGGACAUCAGCCUCUACAAAGAAGUGACCGACCCCAGAUCCGGAAACUCAGUAGAGUCUACCGUUCAUCUUGACAACGAUCCUCUUUCUGAACCGUGUUCUCGCCAGAUGGGAAGCCAAGCUCAAAUGAGGGGCCUGAAGAAUAGGCUUUUGCCUCUGCUGUUUGCCUUCCUGUCAGGUUGCCGUUGGCCGUUCGUGCCCGGCGGGCCCCCAGGCUCGCCCCUGCCGUGGGGAAUGGGGCGCCACGCCACUCUCAGGCAUUCAGACGGGCUCGUCUCCCUGCAGGUGACCUGCCGAGCGAUUGGGAUCGGUGCCUACUUGGUGAGGCUGGGCCAGCGGGUCAUCCAGGUGGAGAAUUCCCACAUCAUCCUCACGGGAGCGGGCGCGCUCAACAAGGUCCUGGGAAGAGAGGUCUACACGUCCAACAACCAGCUGGGUGGCGUGCAGAUCAUGCAUUAUAAUGGCGUGUCCCACAUCACUGUGCCGGAUGACUUUGAAGGGGUUUAUACUAUCCUGGAGUGGCUGUCCUAUAUGCCAAAGGAUAAUCACAGCCCAGUCCCUGUCAUCACACCCACUGACCCCAUUGACAGAGAAAUUGAAUUCCUCCCAUCCAGAGCACCCUAUGACCCCCGGUGGAUGCUUGCAGGAAGGCCUCACCCAACUCUGAAGGGAACCUGGCAGAGUGGAUUCUUCGACCAGGGCAGCUUCAAGGAAAUCAUGGCACCCUGGGCCCAGACCGUGGUGACAGGACGAGCGAGGCUGGGUGGGAUCCCCGUCGGAGUGAUCGCCGUAGAGACGCGUUCCGUGGAGCUGGUGGUCCCCGCGGACCCCGCCAACCUGGAUUCCGAGGUCAAGGUCAUCCAGCAGGCGGGCCAGGUGUGGUUCCCAGACUCCGCCUACAAGACGGCCCAGGCCAUCGAGGACUUCGGCAGGGAGAAGCUGCCCCUCCUCAUCUUCGCCAACUGGAGGGGGUUCUCCGGGGGCAUGAAAGACAUGUACGAUCAGGUGCUGAAGUUUGGAGCCUACAUCGUGGACGGCCUCAGGAAGUACAAACAGCCCGUCCUGAUCUACGUCCCGCCCUACGCAGAGCUCCGGGGAGGCUCCUGGGUGGUCAUAGACGCCACCAUCAACCCCCUGUACAUAGAAAUGUAUGCGGACAAAGAGAGCAGGGGGGGUGUUCUGGAGCCAGAGGGAACAGUGGAGAUUAAGUUUCGAAAAAAAGAUCUGAUAAAGUCCAUGAGAAGGCUCGAUCCGGCUUACAAGAAGCUCGUGGAACAGCUAGGGGCCUCCGAGCUGUCGGAGAAGGAGCGCAAGGAGCUGGAGGGCCGGCUGAAGGCGCGCGAGGACCUGCUGCUCCCCGUCUACCACCAGGUGGCGGUGCAGUUCGCCGACCUCCACGACACGCCCGGCAGGAUGCUGGAGAAGGGGGUCAUCUCUGACAUCCUGGAGUGGAAGACCGCGCGCACCUUCCUGUACUGGCGCCUGCGCCGCCUCCUCCUGGAGGACCAGGUCCGGCAGGAGAUCCUGCAGGCCAGCGGCCCGCUGAGCCACGUGCACAUCCAGUCCAUGUUGCGCCGCUGGUUCGUGGAGUCGGAGGGCGCCGUCAAGGCCUACCUGUGGGACAAUAACCAGGUGGUCGUGCAGUGGCUGGAGCAGCACUGGCAGGCGGAGGACGGCCUGCACUCCACCAUCCGCGAGAACAUCAAGUGCCUGAAGCACGACUUCGUCCUUAAGACCAUCCAAGACCUGGUCCAGGAAAACCCUGAGGUGGCCAUGGACUGCGUGAUGUAUCUGAGCCAGCACAUCAGCCCAGCCGAGCGGGCCCAGGUUGCUCACCUCCUGUCUAACCUGGAGAGCCCAGCGUCCACCUGACCCUGUGACCCUGGCCACCUAGCCGUACCCAGGACCACGGGCACGAGAAACCACGGUGACUCUCUGGCCACACACCCUCGCCGGGGGCCUGCUUAUUAAAAAAAAAAAAGUGCUGGUCGUUUCUGCAGGGCUGCUGGGCCCCAGCUGACUCCUGUCUCAGUAAAAGGCCCAGGGGUGCCCCUUCCAAGCAGAAAUAGCCUCCUCUGCGUAGCGGGCGAGUUUGUGCUGUUCUGUCUCUGAAGACAACAUUUUUGCUGCAUCACCGAAUCAAAUUGAACCAAAAACAUCCAUUUCCUUUUGCUUUUUGGUGCCCAGGAUCCAGGUAUUCUUGAUAUCAGGUGACAGAAUCUUUUAUUUUUUUACUCCGAGACCAGCACUUGAUGUAAGCAUCUUACAUAUUUCAGCCGAAUAAAUGGGCCACAGGAAAAUAUACAUAGACAAGACUAGAGAGAAAAUCUAUUUUUGUAAUGAUGCUUCUUUGGAUACUGUCUAGUCGCCCAGGAAAGGGCACGAAUGAUUUUUUAGUAAGAGAAUAAAAUGGUAUUUUGUUCCCCAGAGGGCCCUGGUGCAUGAAUCACUAGGAAUGUCCCACUGGCAGGCCGUGCUGAGCACGCUCAUUAGCAGAGACUCGCUUGUCCAGAGAAGGAAUGCAGAAUGAAUGGAAUGCCUGGUUGCAGGUUCCUGGGCGUUUGGGGGAGUCUUUUAUGCGGCCCACGGUCCUCUGCCUGCCUCUUCCCUCUAAGGAGACCAAGGACCGCCCCCACCCCACUGCAGGAUUGGCCACCCACCCUGGGCUUGCACCCCCUGCCCAAGUACAGAGGGGGAGGGGAAGCCCUCAACUGGACUCCUGGCCCAACUUGCGCACAAGUGUCACCGCUGUGAUCGUCACUGCCACCCCCUUGAGUUGCUGUUGCUUCCUUGACUGUUGGCUUGAUGUCCAUGGUGGGCCCCAGCUGUUGGUGACCAAGGACCAUACUGUGAUGACCACGCCGAUUUCCUCGGGGAGGACUCUGCCAUGUGACCCCCGGCACCUGGCUCUGAAGCCUGCACAGCCUCAGGGCCUGUGGUCCUCUGGUCCCUCCCACCUGGGCUGGAGUUAGGGACGAGGGGACUUGGCCCCAACCUGCUGCCAUGGUGAGCGGUCUGUCUGAGGACGCUGAACGCUAUGCCUGGCCAACGCGGAAGCCCACAAGGUGGCCCAGGGAAGCCUCUGCAAGCUGGGAUGCUUGAGGAUGUCCAGGUUUUUUAAAAAAAAAAAAAGUCCGGUCAUCAUCCAGUGACAGCCCUGGCAAGUAAAGUGGGUUUGGGGGCAGCGAGGGCGGGAGAAAGAUGAAUUGUCCGUGGUCCCAUCCUGAGGCUUGUUGGGGAGCAGUGGAGAGUCGAUGCUGUUUGGGAACCGAAGGGUUUUCUGUCGGGCAAGGCCCUCUUGGUUUUGGAGGGAAAGAGGAGUCUAUCAAGAGCUGCUGUCCUAGAACAGUGGGUGGGCAGAGAGCCUACUACAAAAUGU